AUGGGAGAUGCAGAAGCAGGCAAGAAGAUCUUUACUCAGAAAUGUGCUCAGUGCCACACAGUGGAAAAAGGUGGAAAACACAAGACAGGUCCAAAUCUCUGGGGUCUUUUUGGCCGAAAAACAGGACAAGCACCAGGAUUUUCUUAUACUGAUGCAAACAAAAACAAAGGUGUUGUCUGGGGAGAAGAGACUUUGAUGGAAUAUUUGGAGAACCCAAAGAAAUAUAUCCCUGGAACUAAAAUGAUCUUUGCUGGUCUUAAAAAGAAGAGUGAGAGAGAAGAUCUUAUUCAGUAUUUGAAACAGGCAACAUCUUCCUGA